AUGUUCAGACAUAAAAUAAUCCGAAUUCAAACAGCAUCAAGAAAAGCAUGUAUUUCAUAUGAUGCACCUUCCCAUCUAUCGAUCACGUGGGGUAAAUUAACCGUCACAAAAUUACAUAACGAAGGUAGACAACUUUGGUCACUUGUGCCAGCUACAGCACCAAACCAAACAGACGGUUUAUGGUUAAUUAAUGUCGACGCUAAUCUCGCACUAAGAUACGACUUGGACACUGGCGACAUUUUUCCCGCGCCAUUAGACAAAAAAGACAUGUCGUUCGUUUGGUCAGUUAAUCGUAUUCAAGUAUGGAAGGACCAAGAAGAUUAUGCGUUCUCGCCAAUUGGAAAGCCUCAUCGACGAAUGACCACUGAGGUUGUUGAAGUGCCAGCUUUUAGCAAUGGCACGGUUUGUCAUGCCAUACAUAUUAUGAAUAUUCGUCUUGUUGGUGAUGCUGGAUCACCAGCAAACCAAGCUUGGGUUAUUAAGCCAGAGGUUUUGCCUUCGCUGACUCCAGAAAAAGCUAUUACUGACUCUCCAAUUUAUGCUGUAGGAGCUUAUUAA